CCGGAGAGGUUGAUCGCUGCUGCGGGUGUCUGCGGCGCUGCCCCCAUGGCGAGCUACUCCCGCGUCCUGCUUCGGAUGCUCCCGCUGCGGCGCUGGCGGCUGGCCGGCCUGGGCCCCGUCUGGCUCAGCGAGCCGCAGCCGGCGUGCAGGCUGCUGUGGCCGUCCAGCCCCAGCUUCGUGGACCGCGUGAUGGGCGACGUGGAGCGGCAGUUCCAGGAGAUGGAGAAGAUGAGCCGCGCCUUCUUCCAGGCGGCGCCGCUCGCCACCUGGGAGCGCGGAGGCCGGGAGGAAGCGUCGGAGGAGAGCGCCCGCCCGGCCGGGGAGGACGGCCGGCCUGAAGGGCAGUACCGCUUCUCGGUGGACGUGGCCGGCUUUGCGCCCGAGGAGAUGACGGUGAACCUGGAGGGAAGGAAAGUGACGGUGACCGCCCAGCGCCACAGGCAGAGCGAAGGCAGCGGCGGCGGCGGCGGCUCCUGGGUGGAGCGCCAGGAGCUCCGCCGAGAGACCCUCCUGCCGCCCGAUGUGGACCUGCAGGCCGUCACGUGCUCGUUGGCCCCGGACGGACAGCUGUGCAUCGAAGCCCCGCGCCUGGCCUCGUCGGCGUCCGCGCAAAAAGCCAUCCCCAUCGAUGUCAAGCCGGCGGCCGAUGCGAGUCUCGGCGGGGAGGAGAAGCCCAAGGACCCCUGACCGCGUGGACGCUCCCCCCACCCUCGCACCCACCCCGCGAAAACGAGCAGGCUCAGCGGCUGGCCGGAAAGUCUCUGCGGGGCCGAGCAGCCGAGCCUCGAUUCUCUUCCUCCUUUCCUUGUGUGCAAGGAAGCCCCUUUCGAUUUACACGCGGACGGAGGCCUGCCUGCCUGCCUGUUGUGUUACGUUGCUCCAGCACCAACGCGAUAGGAUAAGCUGAAGAUUUCAGAGGGUGUGCAGGAAACAGACUGGAAAGGGAGUGGGUGGGAAGGGAGGAGUGGGUUGCCCUCUACUGUACACAUGGAAGUUUGAAUUCUUAAAUGAGGGUGAAAUGUGACUGUGAGCAAGCAUGGUGUUCUUUAUAAGGACACAAAGGUGGACAUUGGGUAACUGUUAAACGUUUUCUUAAGAAUAAACUUAUUUUGAUUUUAAAAA